UAGCCUGUCAUAUAAAGACGUCACUGAAAGUUUUUGGGUGUCUCGUUUCUCUCUAGUCAGUGGUAGAGUCGUUGAGUGUUAACGCUGUUAUGCGCUCAAAUGAUGCUGCUAAGGCGAGACACGCUUUUGAUGGUUUUCGUUUUGUUCGAGUUCAGUUCACGGGUGUGCAGUCACACGCUUCAUCAGAUGAACACACGAGAUGUGCAUCACCUGCCUUGUGUCUCUGAGAAAAAUAUCGUGAGAUGUACGUUGCGUGAAGUUCAGCUUCAAGGUUCUGAGAUUAAUCUUCUGGAGGUUGUAGCUGGACAGACGGUUGAAGUUCAUUUAAAAUCGAACAGUACAGAAAGUUUCACACGAUGCUUAUGGAAACAAAGAGGGAUGUCCAAUUUGUUUAUGUUCGAGUUGUUUGAACACGGCAUGGGUGGUGUGUACACUGUGGUCUGUGGUGACAACAAAGCUGCCAACAUCUCAGUCCAUAUUCAUUCAUCAGCAAGUAGGCCGUCAGUGCCCCAGCUGACAGUCAGCAGUGGUAUCUAUCAGACUGCAUAUUUUGAAUGUGUUUCUACUGGGAAUCCUAAACCAAAUAUCAUGUGGUAUGAAAAUGAAAUGCAUAUUAGCCACGGUCCACAGGAAAUCAACUCGACAGAAAAAGUGUCAAAAAGCAGACUGGACAGUGUUCGCGGUGACAAUAAGUAUAUUAACUAUAAUAUAAAGUGUUGUGCUACGAACUUACAUGGAGAGGAAUGCUCCUAUAUUUAUAUUUACGACCUUGACAGUGUUAAGCUGCCUAGUGAGGCACUUCAGAUUCUGCUGCGUCCUGGACAAUCUCUCUCACUCCAAUGUAAAAGCCAAAACUCAUCCUUAAACCCUUCCAUUAACUGGUACUUCAAUAACCACACAGAGCUCAAAGGCACAACCUCAGUGUUUUAUACCUUAAAAAUUGAGUAUUUUUCCAUCGCCUCCGUUAGUGUGAAUCAUAGUGGAGAGUACCACUGCAGGAAGAAACAUGGCCAAACAAAAACCGUGAAGGUCCAGGUCCUCGAAAAUGAUUUCCUGGAGUUACUGAAGCUGAACAAAAGCAUCACAAUACAGGAAAAAGACAUUGCAAAUUUCUGCAUCCAGUCCAAGGUGCACUCCAACCCAAAAGCACAGUGUCAAUGGAUCACCCCAAAGGGCUCCAUAGUGCAGUGCAUGGAAACCCGGUACUUCUCAGGUGAAAGCAUUUUUAAAAUGUGUAACCCAGAACCAGGCCAAUAUCAGAUCCAACUAAAGGCUGGAAAAAAGAUUGUGACAGAGAACAUGUCCAUCUGCAUCACAGACACUCCUAAAUUUCAACUAAUCCAAAACCUGAGCCGAAUCACCUGUAAGAUCAAAGGUGUCCUUCCUGUAAGGGUUUCCUGGAAGACCUAUCCAUCAGUCUCCAACUUUUCUGUAUGGAAAGAGAUGCUUGCUGACACUCCAGAAUACUCAGACUCCAAGCAAUUCUGCCACAAGGACAUCGUUGUCUCUCGGCCUCUGAGUGACGUGAACAAUCACUUUGUACAAUGCUGUUGCAGUUAUAAUACAGGUUCAGUGUGCAGCGAGAAAACCCUUGUGAAAAUGCCUUCAGAAAACUCUUUCUACCUGGUAGUGGCAUGCAGUCUGCUUUCCUUUGCAUUUAUGCUGGUCAGCGUCCUCCUGUUUCAUUUCAUGUGCAAAAAGAAGCCUGGCUAUGAGACACAGAUUCAGAUGAUCCAGAUGGUGGGACCGUCUGAUAACGACUACAUCUACAUCGACUUUAAAGAUUUCGAAUAUAACCAGAAGUUGGAGUUUCCUCGUGAGAACCUGGAACUGGGGAAAGAGUUGGGCUCCGGAGCGUUUGGCAUGGUCGUGCAGGCUACAGCAUAUGGGAUCAGCAAGCCUGGAGUGUCCAUGCAAGUUGCAGUAAAAAUGCUAAAAGAGAAGCACCAAGCGGUAGAGAAAGAAGCUUUGAUGUCUGAGUUGAAGAUGUUAAGUUACAUUGGACAUCACAUCAACAUUGUGAACCUGCUGGGAGCUUGCACUGGUACAGGUCCCAUUUACUUGAUCUUUCAAUUCUGCCGUUACGGAGACCUGCUGAACUACCUAAGGAACAACAGAGAGCAUUUCUACAAGUCCUUAACAGACGCUUUCAACAAGGACAGAUUCAGCAGCCUGUACAACAACUACCAGAGGAAGAGAAACUGCAGUCUUGCUUUUAUGUCCCUCUGCAGUGAUUUUGUUCAGUCUGGGGAGAACUCAUACAUGCUAAUGUCCCCAGUAAACAAGGAACAUGAGGCACUGCUCAGCUACAUGGAUAUUAACGAGGAUAUAUUUGAAAAUGAAGAUGAUGAGGACCUCCAGACACUCACCUAUGAAGACCUCCUGAGCUUCUCCUACCAAGUGGCAAAGGGCAUGGAGUUUCUCUCCUCUAAAAAUUGCCUUCAUCGAGACUUGGCGGCCAGAAAUAUCUUAGUGACCCAAGGCGGACUGGUGAAGAUUGGGGACUUUGGUCUGGCACGAGAUAUCGAAAAUGACUCGAACUAUGUGGUCAGAGGAAAUGCUCGUUUGCCUGUGAAAUGGAUGGCCCCGGAGAGUAUUUUCAAAGGCAUGUACACCAUGCAGAGUGAUGUCUGGGCCUAUGGCAUCCUGCUCUGGGAGAUCUUCUCUCUCGGUGUGACUCCGUAUCCUGGCAUGAAAGUGGAUAACACCUUCUACGCUAUGAUAGAAAGAGGGUUUCAUAUGGAACGGCCAUAUUAUGCAUCUGAGUCUGUGUAUAAGGUGAUGUGUCACUGUUGGGCUCUGGAACCAAAAGCCAGACCAUCUUUCUCCAAACUCUUGGAUUUCAUGGAGUGCCAGCUGAGCGAUGUUGAAGAACGGCUCUACUAUAAUGUCAAAAGGCAGAAAAAUGGUGACUCUGUGUACAAGAAUGCUCCAGUGACCCCAAAACCGCACGAACCAGUAGAAGAAGAUGCACAUCAGUCAUCAUUCACAGAUUCAUCCUGUGACAGUGAAACCACACAGUCAGAGGAUAGUAUAGAGAUAACCUCAUUAUAAACUGUUUGAGGCUGAACACAGAAUUGUGGGUUCCUUUACUGAGAUUAUGGAUCAAAUAAUAUUACUGUACAAUACACUGUAUACACAAUAUUUAUCAUGACAUCCAGAAUUAUUCUUACACACUGCACUGCCAACAGUACAGUAGGUUUAGUAUUGUAACAUGUUCAUUGAUUUUGAAAUAGGUUUUCUAAAAAAUAUUUAAAAAAAAAACCCACACAAAUACACACACACACAAAUACACACACACACACACGCACACACACACACCAAGCCAUAUUCAUAGCAUUAAAAAAUUCAAAGUGAUCUCAUUUCUUAUUUCUUUUUGUGAACUGCAUUGCAUGCCGAAAGCUCCUGAACACCACGUGUAUACUUUUGGUUUCAACCUGCAGCAGUGAAUAUAGACUAUGUGGACAAAAGUAUUGGGACACCUGACUAUUCCAGCCACGUGUGCAGUUACCACAAAGUUUGAGGCACACAGUUGUAUACAAUGUCUCUGGAUUUGGUAGCAUAACAUUUUCC